AUGUCAUCCAACAAUAACACAAACAUUACAUUAGCAAUUCUUCAACUUCAAACUGCUUUUCGAUAUUCAAGUCUUAUUUUAGGGUUUAUUCUAUUGAUCGGUGGUGUAUUAGGAAAUAUUCUUAACAUCAUAGUCUUCGUCAAAGUUGGAAAUUACAAGAAUAAUGCAUGUUCACUUUACAUGUUUGUCCGUACUUUUCUUGAUCUUAACGUUCUUCUUGCUGGUCUAGCCACUCGAAUUCUUGCUACAGGCUUUCAAACGGACUUUACUUUAGUGAAUCGAGCUUGGUGUAAAACUCGCAUAAGCUUUACCGAAAUUAAUAGUGAAAGUACAUAUACUUUGAUUUGCUUACAAGCUAUUGAUGCUUGCAUUUGUUCUUCUCCAUCAGUUGCUGUACGACAAAAGAGUAAUAUUCGAACAGCACGGUAUUUAAUAAUUGCUACUCUUUGUUUUUGGUCUAUUCAUGAAAUACCUUACUUCAUCUUUCAAGAUCUUGUUAUCGCAGGAGGUACUCCCAUGUGUAUCACAACAAAUACAAUAUUUGCUCAAUAUCACACUUAUUUUGCCGGUCUUUGUGUUGUUGCUAUUAUUCCAAUCACAGUGAUAUGUAUUUUUGGAGUUCUCACUGUUCGACAUAUGAAAACUAUCAGUGUGACAAGAUCACUAUCUUCUCUGACAAGACAAACAAUCAGCAUGGCAUUAUUUCAGAUACUUGCUGUAUUAGUAUUUAAUGGCCCAAAUGCAGCUUCGCUAAUUUAUCAAGUGAUUACAACAAAUUUAGUUAAAGAUACUUACAGGCGAGCAGUGGAACAAUCAAUUACUUCAUUUAUUGCUACUUAUUCUUAUGGCCCAUUUGCAAGUUCAUUUUAUUGUUACUGUUUAUCAAAAAGAUUUCGAAAUCAGUUGGUGGUUUCUGUCAAAGAGGUCGUUGGUAGUAUACAUACGAACCAAGUAGUUCCAAGUACUCAACGAACUGGCACUCGUACUUAA